AUGCGUCCUCUUCCAUUCGCCAUUUCAUGCUUGGGUUUCCUCUGCUCCUGCUUCUCUCUGCUACGCUCUCCCACGGGUGGUGCGCGCGUCCGCGGAUCGCUGCCGAUUCCUCUGCAUGCCUUCUUCGUGCGGGCGGCGGCUUCAGACCACCGGCUUCCUCUGCAGUCUCCUGCGCGCAGACUCUGCGAGCGUGCCGCCAUGGGUCCGCGCAAGCCGCCGUCGGCGGCUCUGUUCCCGCGGUCUUCCUUCGCGCAGAGCGUCGUCCGCGUCUCCACGCCCUCGCGCGGCUGCCACCUCCUCGGAGGGACCAUCGAGGAAGAAAUUCGGAAGCUCCGGCAGGCUCUCGUGGAGGUGGUCUCCCGCGGCGCUCCCCCCUCCGCGCCUCGGCGAAGACGAGGCGAUGGCCUCAAGGGAGAUAGCUGGGUUGCCCUCAUUGCGGUUUCUUCUCCCGGCGUGGCUAUCUCUGUCAACGAAAACGCGGACCCCACAGUGCGCGUUGACUUGAAGACAACGCUCGACUUGCUGACCGGUAUGGAGGCAUGCGGUUCUUCGGGCGAGCAUACGAGUCUGCAACUGCGACAUGAAACCGGAGUCAAUUGCCGGUCGGCGGAAGGCGCCUCUCGCGUCUCAGAGCAGCGGCGAAGACGCGGUUCUCCAGCGAGGUCGUCUGGCCGCUCCUCGUGGGACGAAGCACCGGAGUUCCCGUCGGAGGCGCGUUCGGAGUUGGCGCAAAUUGUGUCUGCGAUGUCCUCCCCGUGCGCUGCCUCUCUCCUCACGGAGGAAAAGUCCGGGUCGAGAAGCGACAACGUCGAUUUCGAAGGAAGAAAGGAAUCGUGGUUGAUGCAUAUUUGGACGCGCCAUACUUCUUGUUCACUCUCUGUGACAGGGAGAUCCUGUUUAAGAGCAUUGGAGCCUCUCAUGAGCCGCGUUGUCCCCGAGGAUUGGAACAACACCUACUUUGAGCACACCUACGAAGGUCCAGACGACAUGCCGGCGCAUGCGAAAACGACGCUAUUUACCCCCGAUGUUUUUCUUUCUCUAACCGCUCCCGCGGGCGAGACACAGGAGGACGCCAACUGUGAUGCAUUAGAUGCUUAUCAAGCUGAACACGCCGGCAUGGACUCACGGUUUCAAAUGCCUGACAGUGAAACGAAGGACGGAAAAAAUAGCAGGCGGUGCAGAUUGGGCGGCGAAUCCAGGGGAGGGCAACGGGUGGAUUUCGGUUAUAAUCAAACAGUGGCAUUAAAUGAGCACAGAGACGGCGGAGGCUGGGGCGGAGGCCGUGCGAGGAAACUGGUCUUUAGCUCCAUUGGCAUUGCGUCACAAAAAGAGACACUGCAAGAGGAACGAAAGAGGAAGGCGAUAGCGGCCUUCAAGCGACAGCUGGCGACGAUUCAGGCCGGUGCAGUUCACUGCUCUGUCCAUGCCCCAGACUCUGGUUUGGUGAUAGCUCCCCGGAUGGUAACCAGCUUUCUAGAGGCAUCUGCUGCUGACGGAAAGGCGAGUGUGGAGGAGACAUACGACCAUGAGAGUUCUGAACGGGAGGAAGGAGGUGCGGUGGUGCGUGAAGUCUUCGAGGGUAUCAUUCCAGACAACUGGGAUGCGCCAGACACCGGCGGGGCGGGGUGUGAAGACCACAUGAGUAUAGUCGCAUUGGGUCGCGCAGCGCUUUUGAACAGUGGAUUGCUCAUCCCGAUAAGGGCAGGGGAACUAGUCUGCCCACCUGGACAUGAUGUCUUUGUGUGGGCCGGCGCAUACGCGGACAGUGAUUCUGAGGGUCGGUUGAUGGAUCGUGACGGGGAGCCAGCCAAGCCUCCGAACGUGGGUUCUGCGGAGCUGUCAAGGUCGCGCAACCGGAAGUUUGAGGUCACAUGCACACUCUUGGGGACCCAGGAAGCUUCUGACGGCUUCUGA